UACGUCGGGAACGACUUCCCUGAACUCCUGCCUCUUGAUAAGCCCCUCCCGGUCAUAGACUACGUCUUCACCAACAACACUGCCAACUUCCCCAUUCAUGGUCCCGAUGCCCAAGAUGCGUGGAAUCGGGUCUAUCCAAAUGGCUUCGGCUUCGUCCGUCUCGGACCCGAGCGACGGAUUCUCUGCGUGUCGAUGUUCCACCAGCUACAUUGCAUCGAGAAGAUGCGACGCGCACUUGACGAUCCAGAUGAUCCAAUCGCGACGAUUCCGCACUUGCAGCAUUGCAUGAAUUAUAUUCGCCAGAUGCUUCUCUGUGGCGCCGAUUUGACAUUAGAACCGGAAGUAUACGAGGAAGGCAACGAUGCGACGGGAAUGGGCGUUAUGCAUACAUGCCACGAUUGGACGGCGGUAUAUGACACGAUCAAUGAUAAUUAUGCGAGAUGGACAGAAUAUUGGGAGACGGUGAAGGAUAGCACGAUUGUAACUUGA